UGAAGAUAUAUAGUUUAGUCACUUGAGUCAACGUUUCCUGCAAUAUAUAAACAAUUUACAAUCUGCUUUCUGCGCGCACGUUGCAAAAGAAAUUUCAAUAGUUUUUCAAAGUUCGCGAAGAAGGUGAUUAAAAAUGUCAAAUAAUUCAUUAUUGGAUGUUGACGAAUCAAUUAUAAGAAAAAAUCUGCUGUUGCCGGGCAUUAAAGAGGAAAAUGACCUCGAAGAACUCCUGAAAAACUUCAAUAAACCUGAACGUCCUUCAGUCACGAUAAGACCGAGUCCAGGUUCUUGCGUUAAAGCAAAAACAGAAUGUGGCCAAAAAGUCUUUUUGAACAUAUGUCUAACCACAGAGAUACCAGCACCAGAAGAAAUAUCUGAAACACAAUUGCUAAAACUGAUAGAAGAUGAAACCCCCUCCAGUUAUCGCAUUCCGAUGAGUAUUGGUCAGGAAAGGAUGGAAUCUGACAAAUCUGAUAAACCAGCGCCAACAUACGACAUAGCAAUAAAUACGGAAUUUUAUAAAAAAUGCAUGGAACAUAAACUGUUCUGGGUUUUCCUGAUCAGCGUCGUUAUAGAGGGGGUUUCAGACAAAUAUGACAAGCGUAUACGUCCCGAAGGAUAUGUCGUUCUGAAGCAUCGCAAGGCCCUGGGCAAGCUGCAGCAACACAGAAUUGAGAAACGAGAAGUCAAUAACGCAAUGCGUAAACCACUUAUUCAAGACUUGACAGGUGAUAACUUAAGGCCAACGAGACUGGAAACUGAAACAAUCAAUCUUUCCAAAUCCGCAUUGAGUGCUCAAUCUGUAUAUGAAAAUAACUUCAAGAACUCAAGAAUACCUGAGUACAGAAUUUUACGUGAACCAAAGGAAGGAACUGUUGAGAAAUUAGUUGGACAAUUUAAAGUGCCUAAUGUGUUAUCUUCAAAAGAUUUGGCGGUCGAUGUUGGUGAGGAUCGAAUAAUAGUGGAAGCUCACAGAACUGGUUAUUUGAUCGAUAUCUUUGUCCCAUAUUCCAUUGCUCAAGAAAAUGUGGAUGCAGCAUUAGACACAAUCAAUGGCAUGUUGGUACUAAAUAUGCCUGUUGUUCAGUGUUAAUAUCUUUGAAUUUAAAUUAUCAACUUUUGCCUGAUAUGAAGCGUCUGCCUCAAUAUAUGAAGGAUAAUAAAUCUUUAAGAAAAAACAUCCAAAUAAUUAGUUUAUUAACAUCUUAAAUACGAUAUUAAAUCCUUAAAUUACACUUGCAAUAGUCAAGUCUGCCUAAUAAAUCGGCAAAAAUAAAGCUAUGUUGUUAAUAUCAUUAUUACAAAAGCUUUGAAAUUGAACCAACGUUCAUCAAUUCUAGACUUCACUUAAUAUUCAAUUACACCAUUUGCUAUAAAAAAAUGUAUGUGACAAGUAGUAUGGAAUAGACAUUUUGAUUCUUAAAAUAGCAGAUGUUUCAUAGCCACUGGAUAUGUUUCAUGACAGUUAUUUUAAAGAAAUAAGUUUUGUACAGUUAAAAAGAAAACAGGUAAAUAUAAAUAUAAAUUUACAUGAGCAAAUUGAAUCUAUUCGUUUUGAAAACAUCAAAUGAUUCUUUAUUAACAAAAAGCUGUAAGAUUUAUAAAUAUAUACAUAUAUAUUUG